AUGGCUGCUGCGUUUCAAGAUGGCAUACUCACAGAAGCCAGCAACGGUGGUACACUCAAUGUAACAGCGUACAAUUCCAAUCAACAGCUCAAUAACAAUUCAAACUCACUUCUUUCUACCCUAUCGCAGCUAGAUGGCAUCAAGGUACACAUCCUGGACACUCCCACCUUCCAACACACCGCACACCUCAAACUCACAGCCAAUUGCGCCAUAAACGCGCUAGCCACGCUACAAAAUUGUAGAAACGGUGAGUUGAUCCACUUCAAUGAGCUCGUACACUCCAUAGUCGAUGAAUGCUGCACUGUUUUAGACCUAGACCACCACUCAACCCAUCUUUACACCAAAAACAUAAUAAACACAACAGCACUCAACUAUAACAGCACUCACACUGAUAUUCAUCAGCGUAGAAAGCCUGCAACACACACGGAAGUUGAAUUUCUCAACGGUUAUAUCAUCAACCAAGCACGCAUCAAAGGCAUAAGCACACCGAACAACCAACGCCUGUACGAUGAAUUCAUGCAUAAAUUCAAAUGA